GUGGGUGCGGAGUUGCUUUGUGGGAUGCCCUGGGUGACCGACUGACCCUCCCUUCGAAGCCGUUAAUUCAAACAUCGACUCCACGAACGUCUGCCGGGUUCCUGUGUGCCGUUCUCGGUGCUAGUCCUUGGGGAUAGGCCCCUAACGUCUUGGAGCUCAGUUUGACGGGUAACCCCAGGAGGGAGGAUACGGGAAGGUUAAAAUCGAUGGAGGAGAGGCAUGGCUUUUUCUCUUUGUUAUUUCGCAUGAAUUGUGCCUAAAAUGUACUUUUAAAUGGGGAAGGUGCUCUGAAGAUGUGAGCUGAAACGCCAUCUACUCGAGAUUUAACUAAUUGUUCUCUCCUCUCUCUGGCUGUUGGACGCGCACCUUUCCGGAGGAUGGGGGAGGUAAUCAAGGCUGCACUUUGGCGUAAAUUGCAAUCGAUUAGGGAUCGUUUCUCAGACUCAAGUUAGAAGUGAGAGUUCAGAUAAGUGAGGCCGCCAUUGCUGCUUUGAACACCUCAGAAGGGGAGAAUGGAUUUAUCAGGAGUGAAAAAGAAGAGCUUGCUAGGAGUCAAAGAAAAUAAUAAAAAGUCCAGCACUAGGGCUCCUUCUCCUACCAAACGCAAAGACCGCUCUGAUGAGAAGUCCAAGGAUCGCUCUAAAGAUAAGGGCGCCACCAAGGAGUCAAGCGAGAAGGAUCGUGGCAGGGAUAAAACUCGAAAGAGACGCAGCGCUUCCAGUGGUAGCAGCAGCACCAGGUCUCGGUCCAGCUCUACCUCCAGCUCAGGCUCCAGCACCAGCACAGGCUCCAGCAGCGGAUCCAGCUCAUCUUCAGCAUCAAGCCGCUCAGGAAGUUCCAGCACAUCCCGCAGCUCCAGCUCCAGCAGCUCCUCUGGCUCACCGAGUCCUUCUCGGCGCAGACAUGACAACAGGCGGCGUUCCCGCUCGAAAUCCAAACCACCCAAAAGAGAUGAAAAGGAAAGGAAAAGGCGGAGCCCUUCCCCUAAACCCACCAAAGUGCACAUUGGAAGGCUCACCAGGAAUGUGACCAAGGAUCAUAUCAUGGAGAUAUUCUCCACCUAUGGGAAAAUUAAAAUGAUUGACAUGCCUGUAGAAAGGAUGCACCCCCAUCUGUCUAAAGGCUAUGCAUAUGUGGAGUUUGAGAAUCCAGAUGAGGCCGAGAAGGCGCUGAAGCACAUGGACGGAGAAGUCCCUUCUUCCUCUCGGGCCCCACCUCUCAGGAGAUCACAGAUCAUCCAAAACCCUGGUGCUGAUCAUCCUUCACCCCACCCCUGGGCUUGCUCACCUGAUCCAUCACCAAGCUCCGGACAAAUCGAUGGCCAGGAGAUCACUGCCACUGCUGUGCUGGCCCCCUGGCCUCGGCCACCCCCCAGGCGAUUCAGCCCUCCCAGGAGAAUGCUGCCACCACCUCCCAUGUGGCGCAGGUCACCCCCACGGAUGAGGAGAAGGUCACGUUCCCCUCGGCGCAGGUCCCCCGUGCGCCGGCGAUCCCGCUCCCCUGGCCGCCGCCGCCACAGGAGCCGCUCCAGCUCCAACUCCUCCCGAUAAGCAGGGCCACCGAAGCUCUGCCCUGUGACUUGUAUACCAUCCAACUCACUUUUGUCACUUUUCUAGCAGAAGGAGGAUCGGUAGGAAAGAAAUCCCUCACUCAGGGGCAGGCUUCAAAGGUGAAGGCAGUAAUUGCUACAUUUCCCCUGGCGGCAGAGUUCCGGCUGCAGGAGUGUUGUUGGUUUGGGGUCGUGCUUAUAAUGAUGCCCUCCAGUUUUCUGGCUAGAAAGCUUCCACAUUUCUAGUUCCUGAGAGUCAGUUUAGUGGCAAAGCCAGCAGGGAUGAGCAGGGGGCUCCAGGCGGUGGUACAGCCCCAGCCUGGGAGCAUGUUUUCCCAUUCCACAGAUGACGUGGGGUCCAUCUGGUGGGCUGGUCGUGCCCUAACCUGUUGGCCUGCAGGGUCCCACAGGAAAGGGUGUGCUUUUACGCAGCUGCCAUUCCUGUUAGCCUGGCCCUGCUCCCCUGCUUGAGUCCUCUUCUGACCUCUAGGGCCAAAUACCCAAAAUGGUUCUUUUCACGUGUACUCAUGUGCGUACACACACACACACACACACACACACA